CCUCCUACUCAAGUCUUCACGAUCUAGAUCUAUUUCUGUCUCAAGAGUCUAAGUCUCUCACCACUUUGCUCCUACUCAUUCUUAAUAUUUUAUUUGAAGUCGAUCUGAUCCCAACUUCAAAUCUCAGUAAACCACUAAACCCAGUAGGGAAGGGAAACCAUGAAACACAACUGCUUGUUUUCCAUGAUAGUUACUUCUGAGCCUUGAAAUUGUGUUGAAAGCUUCUCCGGUUACUCGUAUAUAUAGUCCUUGGACACGUACUCUUCCACAAGUAGGAAAGUAGGUUUCAUCGGACAUGAGCACACAAAGUACCUCUGCAUCUUUCCCCCCUUCAACUCCUCAGUGGAAAUAUGAUGUCUUUCUGAGCUUUAGAGGUGAUGACACUCGCAAGGCUUUUACAGACCAUUUAUACACUGCAUUGGAACAUCAAGGAAUCAUAACUUUCAGGGAUGAUCCUGAACUUCAAAAAGGGAAAGCUAUUUCCCCAGCACUUUUUGCUGCAAUUGGAGAAUCGAGAUUUGCUCUCAUUGUUCUCUCACAAAAUUAUGCAUCGUCGACAUGGUGCUUGGAUGAACUUGUGAAAAUUCUUGAAUGUAUGAAAAAAAGAGAAGCUGUGCUGCCAAUUUUCUAUGAUGUUGAUCCCUCUGAUGUACGAAAGCAAACAGGGAGUUUUAGACAAGCCUUUGCUAAUCAUGAAGAAAGAUUUAGGAGUGACGAAGAGAAAGUGCGAAGGUGGAGAGAUGCUUUAACUGAAGUGGCAAAUUUUUCUGGGUGGAAUUCAAAGGAAUGGUAUGAAUCAAAACUCAUUACAGAUAUUGUUGAAGAUAUAUGUAAAAGAUUGCAACCUACAUCACACAGUUAUGCAGACAGUCUAGUUGGAAUUUACUCAAGAUUGCAUCGAGUUAAUUUGCAUUUAAGUAUAGGGGUGGAUGACGUCCGCUUCAUUGGUAUAUGGGGAAUGGGCGGGAUUGGUAAGACUACUAUGGUAAGAGUGGUGCAUGAGAGAAUCUCUCAUGAAUUUGAAUUUAAUUUCCUUCUUACGGAUGUUAGAAACUCCUCCGUUGAAAAAGGUGGUUUACUUAAUCUGCAAAAGCAACUUCUCUCUGGGAUUGGGGCAAAAAAGAUUGACAUAUUGGACCUUCAGGAAGGAGCCACCAUAUUAAAGAGGUUAUUACCUCACAAAAAAGUUCUUCUCAUUCUUGAUGAUGUGAACCAUUCAAGUCAUUUAGAAUAUUUGGCAGGAAACCCAGAGUGGUUUGGUUCAGGGAGUAGAGUUCUGAUCACAACUAGAAAUGAGCAUUUGUUGGUUGAACAUGGAGUGGAGAGAAGAUUGAAGGUCGAAGAAUUAAAUGAUGAUGAUUCUCUUCAGCUUUUUAGCUUGAAAGCAUUCAAAAGAGGUUAUCCUGAAGAAGACUUUCUUGGUCUGUCUAAAUCUGUUAUAAAUUAUGCCAAAGGUCUUCCUUUAGCUCUUAAAGUACUGGGUUCUUUUUUGUAUGGAAGAGGUCCAAGUGAAUGGAACAGUGCACUGGGAAAACUGGCAAGAGUUUGUAACUCGGAAAUCUUUGACAUACUUAAAAUAAGUUACGACGGUCUAGAUUCUGAAGAGAAGAAAAUAUUCCUAGACAUUGCAUGUUUCUUUAAUGGAGAGGACAAAGAUCGAGUAACAAAAGUACUAACCAGUUUCGAUUUUUCUGCAAUUGUUGGAAUAGAAGUGCUCAUGGAAAGAUCUCUCUUGAUUGUUUCGCAUGGAAGACUAAGGAUGCAUGAUUUGCUCAGGAAAAUGGGUCGUGAAAUUGUCCACCUGCAAUCUCCUAAUGAGCCGGGUAGGCGCAGUAGGUUGUGGCUUCUUGAAGACAUCAAACAUGUCUUGACCAAAAAUACUGGAACUGAAGCAAUAGAAGGCAUAUCUGUGAACUCAACCGAGUUAGGAGCAGACGUGGACGUGACUCCGAAAUCAUUUUCAAUGAUGAACGAAUUGAGAUACCUGAAGAUCAAGAAUGGGAACCUGCCUAAGGGACUUGAAUAUCUUCCUGAUAGUUUACGGAUUCUUGAUUGGACGAGGUAUCCGUUAAAAUCUUUGCCAUCACAUUUCAACCCUCAGAAGCUUCUCGAACUAAGCUUGUCUCAUAGUUGUAUUAAACAUUUUCGGAUAGGAACAGAGCCUUUAUGGAAGUUGAAAACCAUUGAUCUGAGUUACUCUCUGAAUCUUGUCAGCACCCCAAACUUUAAAGGUAUGCCAUAUCUCGAGAAUCUGUUUCUUCAAGGUUGUAUAAGAUUGUAUAAGGUUGACCCGACAAUUGAAGUGCUUGAAAGACUUACUGUGCUGAACUUGAAAGAUUGCAAGAAUCUAGUGCACUUUGCAAGCAGUGUACAUGGCUUAAAGUAUCUCAAAGUUCUGAAUCUUUCUGGUUGCUCAAAGCUUAAAAAACUACCGAAUGACAUGGGUCAUUUAGAGAGUUUGGAGGAGCUUCACUUGAAUGGCACUGGCAUAAGAGAACUACCUUCCUCUAUUGGAAUGCUUGAAAGACUUCCUGUGCUUAAAAUGGAAGAUUGCAAACAUCUUGAGUGUCUUCCAAGCAGUGUAGGUGGCUUAAAAUCUCUGAAAGAUCUCAAUCUUUCUGGUUGCUCAAAGCUUGACAAAUUGCCGGAUGAGUUGGGUCAUGUUGCCUGUUUGGAGAAGCUUGAUGUGAGUGGAAGUGGCAUAAGAGAACUGCCCUCCUCUAUUGGCAUGCUUGAAGGACUUGUUUCUAUGUCGUUGAGAGAUUGCAAACAUCUUGAGUGUCUUCCAAGCAGUAUAGGUAGCUUAAAAUCUCUCAAAGAUCUCAAUCUUUCUGGUUGCUCAAAGCUUGACAAAUUGCCGGAUGAGUUGGGUCAUGUUGCCUGUUUGGAGAAGGUUGAUGUGAGUGGAAGUGGCAUAAGAGAACUGCCCUCCUCUAUUGGCAUGCUUGAAGGACUUGUUUCUAUGUCGUUGAGAGAUUGCAAACAUCUUGAGUGUCUUCCAAGCAGUAUAGGUAGCUUAAAAUCUCUCAAAGAUCUCAAUCUUUCUGGUUGCUCAAAGCUUGACAAAUUGCCGGAUGAGUUGGGUCAUGUUGCCUGUUUGGAGAAGGUUGAUGUGAGUGGAAGUGGCAUAAGAGAAGUGCCCUCCUCUAUUGGUCUUUUGAAAAACCUCAAAGAAUUCUCUCUUGCUGGGUGUAAAGCACGGUCACCUAAAUCAUGGAAUAUGAUCCCCUUUCAGUUAUUGCGAAAAAGAAGUCACAUUCCGGCAGGAUUGUCGUUGCCUUGUUUGUCGGGUUUGCAUUCAUUAACUCAUUUGAAUCUAAGUGACUGCAAUCUUUCUGAAUUGCCCAGUGAUUUUGGAUGCUUGUCUUCAUUAACAGAAUUAUAUCUCAGCAGAAAUCAAUUCAGUAGACUACCUGAGAGCAUCGGCCAACUCUCUAGACUUGACCGUCUUCGCUUGGAUUGGUGCCGCAAGCUUCGGAGAUUACCAGAGCUUCCAUCUCAUGUACAUGUAGACGCUGACAACUGCAUUUCAUUAGAUUCGUUGGCCAAUCAAAUAGGACAAAGCAAUUUGUUGCGACGAGGAUAUUUUGUCAACUGUUUCAAACUGGUGGAGAAUCAAAGCUGUGAGAGUAUAACACUUUCAUUGCUAACACGAUGCCUUAAGAGUCGAGCAUUUCCUGACCAUGAAAUAUUUCAGUUUGUUAUUCCUGGAAAUGAAAUUCCAGAGUGGUACAAUCAUCAAAGUGUGGGGUCUUCGAUAACCAUAGAGCUGCAUCCAGGUUGGUUUAGUAACAAGUGGAUGAGAUUAGCCGGGUGUGUCGUUUUUAGACUCCUCAAACCGCUCUCGCCUUUGGAUUACUGGAACAUUAAAUGCGAACUGAGUGCCAAUGGAAAAUCCUGGCUUCACAGUAUUACAGUGUUUGGGGGACAGUGGGGUCAACCUGUGUUGGAUCACAUUUGGUUCUUCUGUGGGGCGCGUGAUAUGUUCUCUCAACAACAUGAGUGGCAGGAUAUCUACUGUCAGCUUGUAUUAUCAUUUAAAGCAGAUCGAAUCAAUGAGGAAAUUGUGCAAGUGAAGAAGUGUGGGGUCCGUAUGAUAUAUGAGGAAGAUGCAGAGGAGCUUUCGGAAACAUUAUUUAAGCAGAGCAAUAUUGGCAUUAAUGACAAUGAUGAAGCAUCUAGUAGUGCAAGUCAGGCUCUUCCAAAAAGAAUUGAGCAACUCCCCCUUGACAGCGCAGAACCCAGUGCAACCCCUUAUAUUCAUGACCAGAAACAUGGUUAAUGCAUUUUUUUUUUCUUUGCUGCCAUUGUUGACAGAAAUUAAUAAAAGAUAAAAAAAAAACUUGCUGCUA